AUGCCAGAAGAUAUGUCUAUGAUCCCUUACAACGGGGGAAAUCUCGAUGUUGUACUCCGACAUAACGACUCGGUCGUCGUUUAUGACCAUGAUUCGCAGCAGUUAGUUCUCCGCAGUGCAGCCGAUACACAUGGGAGUGAUGUCGAGCUUGCAAACUGCCCAUUAUGCCACCGUCCCAUGAGCGAGAGCAGUCGGGAGCGACAUGGAAGCUCUGAUGAUUCGGAGCGGGAAUUUAUCAACCCAAAUUACUUUCGCAUGCUUGACAACAGCCUCCCGAGCUCUGUCAGCUCCUCAGCCCCUCCAUCCCCUCGUCGACGUCUAGUUCAACCCGCCCUUCCUGACGGCAAUGGUACAAUUGGUCAUGGUGAAGCCAGUGCACCGACAAGCGCCCCUCGCCCCACUACAUCCCAAGGAAUCUCAUCUGCGGCGUUCAGUCAGGAUUAUUUCAAAAAGUUCUUUGUGGAAGAAAGGCUUCUUGGAAAAGGAGGGAAAGGUGUUGUCCUGCUCGUCAAACAUGUGCUGGAUGGUGUUUCCCUUGGAAAAUAUGCUUGCAAACGUGUCCCCGUUGGAGAUGAUCACGAAUGGCUAGAGAAGGUGCUGGGUGAGGUACAGCUAUUGCAGCAUCUAUCUCACCAGAAUCUUGUAUCUUACCGCCAUGUCUGGCUGGAAGAUGCGAAGAUUAACGUUUUUGGACCCAGCGUACCAUGUGCCUUCAUUCUGCAACAAUACUGCAAUGCGGGUGAUCUGCACAAUUACAUUUGCGGGUCUGUGCAAACCUCAACCACCGCCCAGCAGCUCAAGGCACGUCUUCGACGAAAAUCAAAGGGAGAGCCAGAUUUGGAUCCAGUUGGACCUCGGGCUUUACAGCUGGAUGAAAUCUAUUCUUUCUUCAGAGAUAUCACAUCGGGUUUACGUCAUCUGCACACCAAUGGAUAUAUCCAUCGUGACUUGAAACCACAGAACUGUCUUCUCCAUGAAACUCCAGAUGGUAUUCGAGUUUUGGUGAGUGACUUUGGUGAGGUCCAAUCACAAGAUUCUAUGCGAAAGUCGACCGGUGCGACAGGGACUUUAUCGUAUUGUGCUCCCGAAGUUCUUCGUCGUGAAUAUCCAGAUGGUCCAUUCGGAAAUUUCACAUUCAAGUCCGACAUAUUUUCCUUGGGAAUGAUCCUCUAUUUCUUAUGCUUUGCGGAACUUCCAUAUGCAAGCGCCGAUAUCAUCAACGAGGAGAAAGAGGACUUGGAUCAACUCCGUGAGGAGAUCACCAGCUGGACUGGGUUUGACCAAGCUCGAAGAAAGCGACCCGACCUCCCAGAGAGGCUGUACUCCUUCUUGGAAAGGCUACUUGCGGUAGAUCCUAAUCGCAGACCUACGGCAGAGGAAGUUUUGAAUGGGAUUCAACCCGGUGCGACUAUCAACGAAUUCCGCUUUAAAAGAGCCAGCUCUUCUAGCCCUGAACAUCCUUCUGGCGCGAGGAUUCGCCCUGUUGAUAGUCCCCAUUCAUCUUCAGAUAGACGAGCUCUCUCGCCAGUCAAGAAGAUAUCUCACAGCAAUAUCGCAUUCCGACGUGACUCGAUGUUUGACUCCAGUGGAUCUGGAGGUAGCCCAGCCUCUGGACCAGAAAUCAUAGAUGGACGUCCGUCUUUCAGCCCUGAUCGCAAUAUCAUUGUACAUCCCAGAUAUUCUCCAUCACCACCCGUCUCUCCAACCAGACCCUUACACGAUGAUGAAUCUAUCCAUGACCAACCACAAAGACUCUCACGGCAGCAACAACUUCUUCCUCCUCCCCCCAAGCCGUUUCCUUUCGCUGGACUACAUAUCAUCGUCUAUCUCCUCGCCAAGCGUACAAUUCUCGCUUUUUCUCGUUAA